CAACUGGACCUAAAUCUGUGAUUUCCCUCCAUCCUCCAUGGACCGUUGCCUCCCAAGGAGAGAAGGUGAAACUGAUCUGCAAUGGACCUCACUUCAGCCAACCAGGGAAAGCAACAUGGUACCGUUGGUACCAUAGGGGAAAAAUAUCAAGUGAAACCCUAACUAACACCCAUGAGGUUCAUGAUUCUGGGGAGUACAGUUGCCAGACCUCAGGCUCGCUCCUAAGUAACCCUGUGAGCUUGCUCUUUUCUGCAGCUACCCUCAUCCUGCAGGCUCCACUUUAUGUGUUUGAAGGAGACUCCGUGGUUCUGAGAUGCCGAGCAAAGGCAGGAGUAGCACUGACUAAUGUGACCCUAUACAAGAAUGAUAGAUUGCUGGCAUUCCUUAGUAACACCUCCGACUUUCAGAUUCAUCAAGCAGAUCUGAAGGACAAUGGAGCAUAUCACUGUACUGGAUUUAAGAAAGAGCUGCUUCACCAUCCUGUGCUGAGAGCCAACUCCUCCUGGCCCACUGAGGGGGAAUCGGUGACCCUCACCUGUGAGAUCCAGCUCCCUCCACAGAGGUCAGAUGUCCGGCUCCAGUUCUGCUUCUUCAAAGAUGGACAGAUCCUGGGGCCAGGGUGGAGCAGCUCCCCAGAAUUCCAGAUCAACACCAUAUGGAGAGAAGACUCAGGGUCUUACUGGUGCAAGGCACAGACAGUGACUUCCCGUGUCUGGAAACAGAGCCGGACAUCCCAGAUAUACACGCGGAGAGUUGUUGCCAACGUCCAAAUGCACACCCGCCCAGCCUUAGAGUUGGUGUUUGCAGGGCAGGAACUGGUCCUCAUCUGCUCAGUAGAUGGAGUCCCAGGGCCUGUCAGAAUCUUAUGGUACAAAACAUCAAACAAGAAGCCUAUGAAAGCAAAGAUUCAGAAUUCCCUGAAUGAAGAAUUCAAGAUCUCCAUGGUGAAAAAGAGAGAUGCUGGAGAGUAUUACUGUGAAGCCAACAACGGUCGCCUCUCCUUUCGCAGCAAGCCAGUGACCAUCAACGUGAAAGUUCCCGUGUCUCCUCCUGGCCUCACCCUCAGCCCUCCUGGGGACCGGGCUCCUGAAGGAGAUGUGGUGACACUUCAGUGUAAAGCCCAGAGAGGUUCUCUUCCAAUCCAGUACCAGUUUUUUCGUGAAGAU